UUUUUGUUUUUUUGCAGCCAAAACGAGGUGGGGGGAGCAGAAAAACAGCUCUGAGGUUGCUUUUCCCAUGCCCAGAACAUUUAAAGGAACCCCAGUGAUUAACAUUCAGCCCUUCCAAAAUGGGACUCAGACUUCCUUUCUAACUUAUUCCCCUCCAGCUCUGCACUUGCUCAACAACAGCACCGUGGGGUACCUCGGUGGUUCUCUGAGCACCCGAGUCAUCCCCAUUAUUUACACAUUGGUGGUUACAGUUGGGAUUCCAGCCAACAUGUGUUUGCUAGUGACUAAAAUCAGAAAGGUGUCUUCUGCCAUCCUCUACUGCAGCCUGGCUGUCUCCGACCUCUUCCUCCUCCUCUCCCUCUUCUUUAAGGCUCACUACCAUUUCCAUGGAAACCACUGGGUUCUCGGAGAGACUGCUUGUCGAGUUGUUACGGCAUGUUUCUACGGCAAUCUCCGCUGCUCGGCCAUGACGCUGGCUUGCAUCAGCAUUGAGCGCUACCUGGCUGUUGUGUACCCAUUCAUAUACAAAAGUAUGCCCAAGAGGCUGUGUGCUGCCUGGGUGAGCCUGGCUCUGUGGGGGGGGUUUGGUGUCGCAAUCAUCCCAGAGCUCAUCAUCCAGCAGAGUUACUGGCUCCCUCAGCUCAACCGCACAACCUGCCAUGAUGUGUUGCCCCUGGAUCACAGCUCUCAUAUGUUUCUGCUCUACUAUCACCUGAUUCUUAUUGUCUUAUUUCUUAUGGUGCCUCUGGUUGUUAUAGCUGUGUGUUUUGCCCGAUUCAUCAACAAGCUCACAAGAUCACAUUCUGAUCAAGACCAUGUGAACUGUAGCAUCAGUUGUAUUUUCUUAGCUGACAGGAGUGGCAUGUGGUGA